ACUGAUGAGAGAAUGAUGUACAGCUGGAGAAGGAACACAAUAAACAUCUUUUGUGAAGAACCUGAAACUUGGUGCAUACUUCCAGAAACAUUACACAUGUUAUUGGGGCGGGGGGCAAAUGCCCGUAUGUCCAAUAUUGGAGUGGACCAGGGGACACGUCCCACCCGUUCCUACGCCCUGUAGGAUUUUAACAUUUUUCUACUUCCGGGUUGAGAGGGCUGCGUGCUUCUAGCUACCGGAAGUGUUUGGUGGGAGAACAGAUAGGACCGUGAUGGCGGAGCUGAACCGGCAGCUUCAGGAAUAUUUGUCUCAGUCCAAAGGCGGCGGAGCCAAGGCCACCUCUGCGUCCAGCUCCAGCACCACGGUGGACCUGGGCGAACCGGAGCCGUUACCUGGCAGCUGGUUCGGUCGAUGGUCCAGUCCGUGGUCUGGGAUGAGCUCUAGUCAGAACUCUGGCGGAUCCAGUGGUUUCUUGUGGCCGUGGUCGGCCGAACCGGACCCGUGCUUGCCGGGAAUGAGCCGCCGGCAGCGGCUGCUUGUGUUCGGGGUGCUCGCUGCUUUCUCCGCGCUGUGCUUCGGGCUGUCGGCUCUCUAUGCGCCACUGCUGCUGCUUUAUGCGAGGAAGUUUGCGUUACUCUGGUCGCUCGGCUCGCUGUUCGCCAUCGCAGCAGCGGCGGUACUACGGGGUCCCAGUAAGCUGGUUGCUGGACUUCCCACGUCCCCCGGAGCUGCGGUGUACCUCUGCGCCCUGGGAGGGACUCUGUACGCGGCUCUGGGCCUCCACAGUACCAUCCUCACGGCGCUGGGAGCCGCCGUACAGGUCGCUGUCAUCCUCGGGUACGUGGUGUCGUUGCUGCCAGGAGGAAGUGCCGGGAUCCGCCUCAUGGGAACCGUGGCGGCGUCCGCUAUCAAGAGGAUCAUCAGCGGAAAGACUCUACCGAUCUGACCGAGACCAAACAGAUGUGAUGAAAGUAAACACAAAGUGCUUCCUCGCAGCAGGACCAAAGGAAGAACCUGGCUUAGGACUGGACUAGAGCGUGUGCACGAGCGUGCGUGAAUUUGAACCAGCUGGGAAACACUACAUGUGUAAUCAGCUGAAGUAGGUUCUGGAACUUGUUUCUAACGUUUAAAUCAAAGUGAUUCUGCAUCUCAGACUUUUAUUUUGUGAUCUCUAUAAAAUUUCGCUUCUGUCACUUUGUUUUAUUAAAGAUCUUUUGUGCCAGAA